CCACGCAAAAAAUGCGUCACUGUCGCUCUGGCAAAAGCCUGAGGGGAUCAAAUGUUCUGUUCGGCACCAAAUCACCAUUUAACAACAUAAAACUGCACCUCUGCAGCAAAAAAUCCUACUAGACAAGAUGCUGGACGCCUUUGAGAUUCUCACUACCUCCGGUGUCGUCCUGUGGUCUCGCUCCAGCUCCAGCAUCGGUGCGACCGCAGUCAACCACCUGAUCAACGAUGUCUUCAUCGAAGAAAAGGUCCGCCCAACGGUCGCGAACUCUAGCCAUCCUACCUACAAGCACGACAAGUAUACACUGAAGUAUACAUUAGUCAAAGAACUUGGUCUCAUCUUUGUCGCGGUCUACCAGUCUCUUCUCCACCUUACUUGGGUCGAUAAAUUGCUAGACGAUAUACGGACAAUCUUUGUCGAAGUCUACAGAGGGCAGUUGGAAGAGCUGGACUAUGCUGCACAGAAAUAUCCAUUUGACAAGUACUUCGACGAGGAACUGCGAAGAUUAGACCAAAGCACAGGCGGAGCGGUUACUGCACAGCCUCCUCGCGCAGAGGUGCAAGAAGAGAAAAAGAUCAGUGCUGAAGAAGGAGAUACAGGAGGACCACCACCGCCGGAAGGACCUCAGUUUAUCAAGGCGCAGCCUCGAGCUGUGCCUGUUCUGAACGGGGACUCCCCACAGGUUACACCUGUUCAGACACCUGAGACUUCUCGUCCGAGCACUCCUCUUCAUGGGGUUGCAAGCCAUCUGUUGGCAGAGAAGGCACGACCAGGAAGUCGAGGCUCUAGAAGAGCUAGGAAGGCAGCUCAUGCUGUCACUCCAUCUGCAAACGCGUCCUCUGGAGACGAAGCAAGAAGACCGAAAGCAGCAAGAGCCGCGUCUGCUAAGAAAGGACGAGUUUGGGGUCCUGAUGGCGUGGCUGAUGAAGCAGAUGAUGUCAACCUCGACUAUUCAGCUGUCGGUGAGGAAGCAAAUGGUGAUGCAGGCGUCCGAUCUCCACCUCCCGAGGCGAUAAGUCAGGAAAGCUGGGGAACCAAAAACAAACAGGGUCAAUUUGUCUUGAAAGAUCUUGGUGAUGAAGUCAACAACAUUCUCAGCUCAGCGGAUGCGGACAAAGCAGAGACCAAUGGAGCAGGUACUUCGAGGUUUGGAGCCAUUUCGGGGUAUUUCAGAAAUAUCGUCGGAGGGAAGACCUUGACCAAGGAAGACCUAGAGAAGCCCCUGAGGUCUAUGGAGGAACAUUUAAUCAAUAAGAACGUUGCUCGAGAUGCAGCAAUCCGGCUAUGUCAAGGCGUGGAGGCAGAGAUGGUCGGCAAGAAGACAGGUGCAUUCGAGUCUAUCGACACUGCUUUGAAGCCGGCUCUGGAGAAUUCCCUGAGGAAAAUUCUCACUCCGAGAUCAUCAUUGGACCUUCUUCAGCAGAUCGAGACAGUAGCGAAUCCUUCUGGCUCGAGAGCUCAGCCUCGCCCGUUCGUCAUCACCAUUCUCGGGGUCAACGGUGUUGGAAAGUCCACCAACCUGUCUAAGCUCUGCUAUUUCCUGCUACAGAACAACUAUCGAGUCUUGAUUGCUGCCGGCGACACGUUCAGAUCCGGCGCGGUGGAACAACUGAAUGUCCAUGUACGCAACCUGAAAGAACUGACUGAGCGAGAAAACCUCGGCGCGGUCAAUAUCUACGAACGGGGAUACGGCAAGGAUGCUGCCAAUGUGGCCAAAGAUGCAGUAGCAUUCGCUGCCGCCAACAAUUAUCAAGUUGUUUUGAUUGAUACUGCAGGUCGAGCGCACACAAACACUCAGCUCAUGGCAUCUCUCGAGAAGCUUGUCGACUUCGCCAGACCGGAUCUGGUGCUGCAAGUCGCAGAAGCAUUGGUUGGAAAUGACUCGGUCGGCCAGGCACAGAAUUUCACCAAAGCGCUGGGGAAGGGCCGGAAGCUGGAUGGAUUCAUUGUCUCGAAGAUUGAUACUGUUGGGUCCGGCAUCGGAACCAUGAUCAGUCUGGUCCAUGCUACUUCAGUCCCUGUGCAGUUUAUCGGUGUCGGCCAGCACUACGGCGACUUGCGACAGUUGUCCGUGCCUUGGGCUGUGAACAUGCUGAUGAGUUAGCUGCAUCUUGUCUCCUUUCACAGCCGUAGUAGGUUCACAAUUUUGCCUAAGCCUUGGAACACAUCCAUGAGAGGCAGACCGGUAACGUUGAUGCCAUGCCAUAUUCUGGCUCAAAUGAGAUAUGACUGAAAGAUC